AUGAAGAAAGGUGGACGUGGCAAGAAUAUCACCAAGACAACAGUGGUUAUUGAUACUCAAGCAGGCGGUGGCAAGGGCAAGGGCAAGGGCAAAAAAGGCAAAAAGGGCAAACGCCUUCAGCGAAUCGCUGAAUCCAUGGCGGAGCAGAUGGGUAACGUCAAGUACCGCCUGCAGGUGUCCAAUCCCGCCAAGGGUGAUGCUGCAACCAUCUGGCAGAUGAUUUCCAACUCGAUUAGCGAGCCUUGCCAAGUCAUUGACACCCGCACCACCAACAAUUCAAUCUUUUUCACACUGGGGGGCAAAGAUGAGCGUGCUGCCCGUGCCAUCAAGCGCCUCGACAAGCGCCUCAACGUAAACGGACAUCAGGCGACCAUCAAGCUGGAAAAAAUUGUCGUCAAAGCCAGCGCUUCUGCCGUCGAAAUCCCUUUGCCGGUCUUGUCUCAACGUUACAACCCCAGCGACAAGUGUCUCAUGCUCCCAGCCCUUAUGCAAGAUCCUGGCAUGGCUGACUUGCGCUCGAUGCCCAACGGCAUGGGCAACAUUAACGUCGCCAACGGCAUUAUCAAUGCCAUCCAGAAGAAUUGUGCCGACCUCGUGACGCUGGACAUGACAAACAACGACAUCACAUCGCUUGCUGCCUGGCGUCGCUUGGGCUCUGUGGCCAAGAACCUCACCAACUUGAGCUUGGCUGACAAUGGCAUCAAGAACUUGAGCGAGCUCCAGUUUUUGCGCACGUGUAGACAAGUGACGCACCUCGUGCUCAAGGGCAAUCCAGUCUUGAAUACCAUGUCCAACCGCAGCGCUUACGAAAAGCAAGUGCUGAAAUAUUUCAAGGGUCUGAAGCUCCUGGAUCAAGAACCCAUUACCACCACUUUGGCCCAGGCCAAGCAAGGUGGUCAGGGCGAGCUGGUCGACCAAGUGUUGCUUCCCGCUGAGCGAUGCAACGUGCCGACCCCAGAGAUUCGUCAAAAUCUCAUCGCCUUCUUGGCACAGUUCUUCACACAGUAUGAUGGUGGACCAGCGGCCCGAGCAAGCUUGCAGCAUCUGUACGCCGACAAUGCAGCGCUGACUCUUUUAGUCCCAAGCAUCGGUCAUGGCGGAACGGGUUUGGCUCGGUACAAUACCACUUCAAAGAAGAAGAUGAAAUCCAUCAACGUGACCAAGCGCGGCCCACGCGACAUUGUCAAGCUGAUCGAGCACCUUCCCAACACGGUGCAUCAGAACGCUGCCGAGCUGUCCAUGAAUGUGCUCAAGAUGGAUGCCUCGGAAGUCUCGUUUGAGGUUUCUGGCCACUUUCAGGAGCCGCGCCCCAAAAGCAAGCCACUCUACCGGGCUUUUCGCCGCACCAUGACCAUCCGCCCCAGCCUGCCCGGCUCGCCCCAGGGUGCUGGUGCGGCUGGCACGGCUGGUGCCGGGAUGGCUGCCAGCAUGGCCGCAGCAGCGCCAGCCGGUGGUGUGCCUGAUCAGGCCACGCAACAGAUGAUGGUCAUGCAACUGUCUCAAAUGAGCGGCAUGAACCAGCAGUUUAGCACCGACUGCUUGGCCAACAACGGUUGGAACUACGAUGCUGCUGUGGCCAACUUUCAGCAGCUGCAAGCUGGCGGACAAAUCCCACCUCAAGCGUUUACCUCAUGAGACAGACGCCACCUUGCUUUUCAGAAUCAAGUUGACAUCCUC